CCCUAUGGCUGCAGUCAGGCCUGAUCUGCUUCCUUGGCACUUCAUUCCCGUCUCCAUGGCCGAGAUUCCAGGGGCGGUUCAGACACCCCCCCAUGAGGAGCCCGCCGGCCCUGGGGACGCUGCCGAAGUGGAAUGUCCCAUUUGCUACCAGGAGUACAACCAGGGGGGGAAAUGCCCUCGCAUGCUGGAGUGCCUGCAUGUGUUCUGCACCGAGUGCCUGCAGAGGAUCCAGCUGUGCCCCCCCCAGCCUCUAGGUUCCUGCGGCCCGCCGUCCAUACCCUGCCCCCUGUGCCGUCACCCCACCCCCCUGGCGGCUGGCGAUGCCCUCUCGCUGCCCUGCAACUCGCGCAUCCUGGCGCGCCUGCCCCCCUGCGCCUUCCGUGUGCCCGUCUCCUCCGCCAGGCAGCUGGCCACUGUCACCCAGCGGGUGGUGCUGUCCCUGGAGGUCCGGGACACGCGGUUCAUCAUCCUGCCCACAGUCAGCCUGCGUGUGGAGCAGAUGAGGACCAGGGAGGAGGGCCAAGCCAUGGUGCCCCCCGGGGACGAUGGAGUGGGUUUACAUCACAACAGGCGGACCCUACUCUUUGUCCAGCUUUUGGCUAUUACACUGUGGGUCCUGUUUGUAAUGAUCUGCGUUAUUGGGGUGGUGUUUGGGCCCAAGAUCUUCAAAAACUAAGGGUUAGGAAGUUAGAAACUGGCCAAUAAAUUUCCCCAAAAUGCAACUCAACUGUUACGCAGGUAUUAUAUUACAUUGCUUAACCAAAA